CCCAAACAAUUGAUCCAAAUGUCCGACCGUAAUCGGCAUAUCACUUGGCUUUACUAUGCACGAAGAAUGUUUGCGUGCGCGUUGCAGCAACGAGCGGGAGCAAAUGAUGAUGCAGUUGAUGGUGUUGGUGCGUGUUCAAGCUCAUUCCGAAAUUUGCCACCCGAAGCACAAGCUCAAUGCGCAACUUGUUCCACCGAAGAGACAAGCGCCAGUCCGUUGGCAGCGACGACGGCAUCGAGAUCAAAGAGCGACGCAGCAGCAUCUUCCGCCGGCAUCUGCGCUGUCCGGAGGAAGGCGAGAUCGUGGAGCUCAUGCGGCCACGCGACACAAUCGUCACGCGCAUCAGCGAAAGCUCCGAAAGCCCCAUGGAACGUCGACGAAGACGCCGUCGAAGUCUACUUUGAGACGAACAAGUGAUUUACAUGAACGCAAGUGCUGCAUUCUUCGUAUCCCCCAAGUUAUGAACGUGGAUUCAUGCGCGAGUUAAACCAGUUCUAUAAUUUAUGACGUUUGUUACUAAAGUUUUGCGUUAAAUGUAUAGCGUAAAAUCUCGUUUUGUAAAAUUCACAAAGCAAGAAUGUUCAAGUCGACACCUGUGAGAAGCAACGUUAGAACAGUAUAAAGCAACAGUAAGGUUUGUAUUGGCAAAAGUACCAUAAUGUGCCAGCGUCAGGUGCAAAAUUGUGAUGGUCCAGACGAAUAAGUGUCCUUGUAAAGCGGAGGCCUGCGUCUCCAGUACAAAUGCCAACUGGUAAAGGGGUGAAAACCCGAAUUUGCGCUUCAGCAAAACGAAAAGAGCGCCGAACGAUGCGAACUCGAUCACUGCAUAAAUGAGAAUGUUGGUCACUGUGUCUUGCAACUUUUCAAUCGUCAUCGACGCCGAGUGCGGAUAAUAAGCGGCUAUCGGCAGGUGGAACAGCACUGACAGAUACAGCGAGUACAGUAUCGGAACCAUAAAUUCAAUAUACUCGGCCAGUAGAACGUAUUCGGAAUGAAAAAGUGUUUGCAGACUCUCCAAUACGUCCUUCUCGCUGAUAUUGCCACUUCGAAACGCUUCAAGUGAGAAUUUUUUGGAUUGCCACAACGUGGUAGGAACAAUUUCAUGUUCCUUUAGGCUGGAAAACGUUGGAGCUGAUUUCUUUGAGGCUGAUCUGGCUGGUUCAAUUCCAGAAUUUCGCUUCAUUGCUGUUUUUGUCGAGCAUCGACGGGUUGUAGCAGUAUCAUUGGCAAAUUUGCUUGUCUUGCUAAACUCAUUCAUGAAAUCUCUACUUCUAAUCGACAGUGGGAGUGGAAAUGGGGCAUACAACCGAAUACGGUGGUUGAACUUUGCUGUUUCGUCUUGACAGGCCUUUUGUAACACUCGUGGUAAAUCUCGUAGGUAGUAUUGCGUAUUGUCGAUAGAAGAUUCACUCGUGUGAACGCUGUUAUUGCGAUGAAAAAUAUCACGAAGUGCGAGAAUAACGUGAAAACCA